AUGUCACAAAUAGUUACAAGGACACCGGUCGACGUCAGUCGCACCUCCUCUGAAGACGAAACCAAUUUGCUAGAUUCCGUCUCCAUACAAGAAAAGUAUUUGCCGUUGAAAAGGCUGGGUGAAGGCGAGGCUCUGACGACGAGUCAGUGUGCCUUUACAAAAUCAGCUUGCCAAAUGGAUUUGGCUGACAAACUAAUCAAGACAGAAGAAACGCUCCCUCUAGCAACGCCUAGUUUGGGGGCGAUAAAAGCAGAUCAGCUUGACUGUGAAUCUGUAUGUCCAUUAUACGGCAAACCAGACACAGGUACAAAAUUGACCGACAAUGGAGUCUGGUCUGGAGAAAGCACAAAUACAACCCAUUCAAGAGAAAGAAAUUCAAACAAGGUUCUGAGAGAAGUUGAAUGUGACCAGUCACCACAUGCAACACCUGAAGCAAAUAUAAUGGCACGUCAGGUGUCGGUUGCCAUUGAUAUUCCCAUGGACCAAUUUAAUGUAAAUGCCAACAUAACUUCAUCAAUGCUAGAAAGUGUACAGAAAUCUGCUCACCGAAGACGUCGGCCAAACCAGCCAAAAAAGGUCCGACCUCCCAAACCUCAAGACCGUUUGGUUAGACGGACCGAAAUGCUAGCAUUAUCUGGUACAGAGUUGCCAAAAUCGACUUAA